AUGACGACCCUCCGACAGCUACACCUCCCUCUCCGCCUGCUCUCCAAGCCCCUCUCCACAACCUACCCCCGAUGGCGCUUCCUCUCAACACACCAACCUCCCAAGCCCCAACCCCCCAUCAAAUCAGCCAUCAUCACCGGCGCAGCCCGGGGCAUAGGCCGCGCCAUCGCCCACCGCCUCGCCGCCGACGGCUACGCCCUAACCCUCAACGAUCUUCCCUCCUCCUCACAAACCGAUGACGCCCUCACAACCCUCUGCCACGACCUCCGCACUCUCGGCCACUCCGCCCAUCCCUUCCACGCGGACAUCACCUCCCCCGACUCCGUCUCCGCCCUCCUCUCCUCCCACUUGUCAGUAUACGGCUCUUUAUCAACAAUGGUCGCCAACGCAGGCAUCGUCGCCGCCCAACCUCUCCUCACCGUCACCACCAACGACUUCCUUCACAUGUUAAACAUCAACGUCAUCGGCGUCUUCAACUGCUACCGCGCCGCCGCCGAACAAUUCAUCAAACAAGGAACGAGUGGAAAACUGAUAGGCGCGUCGAGCGUGGCUGGGCUGAGGGGUAUACCGAUGUUGGGGCCGUAUACGACGAGUAAGUUUGCUGUGAGGGGACUGACGCAGGCGUUUGCGGCGGAGUUGGCGGGGGAGGGGAUCACGGCGAAUGCGUAUGCUCCCGGGGUGGUGGAGACGGGGAUGUGGGAUACGAUUGGGGAGGGGCUUGAGAGGGUUGAGAAGGCAAGAGCGGAAGGUUUGGAAGGAGGAGGCAAAAGAGGGGUGGAAGAAGAAGGGGCGGUAGGGGGGGAAGGAGCGAAGGCCCGGGUGAUCAAACGCUUCACGGACGCGAUGGUGCCGUUGAAGAGGUCAUCUACGCCGGAGGAUGUGACGGGGUUGGUUGGGUUUUUGGCGAGUGAGGGGGCGGAUUAUAUCACGGGUCAGACUUAUGCUGUUGAUGGUGGGAUUUACUUUACUUGA